UCCUUAGUGGACGAGGCGAACAGUGAGUUAACAACUCUGGCUAAGCCCAAAGCGCCCACGUGCAUCGACGCAUAUGGAUUGCUCUACUCGAACGUGGAAAUUGACCGCCAGGGAAAAAAAGGAGAUGGCAAUCUUGUCCACGACACAAUCUCCUUGUCGAGUCCGGCGCGGAACUACGUGUGGCCGCUCCCCCGCCAUGACAGGACAUGCCAUGCCCCCCCAGACUCCAGACGGCUAGCCGCAAAUACAUGCAGCCAUCCAAUGCGUGCACAUGCAUUGCUCAUGCUCGACAUCGCUGUUGCAAGAGACGUAACACUUUGCUCGUCAUCCAUCACCACCCAUACCGCCACCAAAACAUCCCAUCUUCAUCCCCAACCCAUUGUCUCCCAACAUGGCGUUCCACUCCCCGCGUCAGUCGCAGAACCUGUUCCAGUUCAAUCCCUCUACCCCUCCACCGCCCCCGCCAAAGCCUUCGGCGCACUCCAGUGGUACCGCCACUCCGCAGACGGGACCGCCGCUUCCUCCCCCGCCAGGUCAACAUUCGCAACCCCAUAACCCGCACCAACACGCUCCACCGGGAUAUCACCCUUCAAAUGCCUCUCAGCCAUCUAUACCGCUCCCUGAGGAUGGUUGGCUGCCCGAUGUGUUAAAGGACAAGACCACCGUGCAUCUGCACCAUGUACUGCAAACACCCGAACUGCAGCACGCCAUUCUUCACAACCCUGAGACUACACACCCCUCCUUGUCCGCGUCUACCGCGCCCUUGCAAUCAUUGCUGGCCCAAAAUAUCGCGCUAGCCGAGUCGUUGAAGCAACUCGAGGCUCAUCUGCAGCACCAACGCGAGAGCACCCAAUCGCGCUUGCUGUCAUUGCGUGCCCUUGAACGUCAGUGGAGAGCGAAGCAAGCCGAGCAGGAUGAGGCCCUACGCGAAUUCAGUCCCCCGGCCUUAUAUCAACGUCUUAGUGCUGCUGUCGGUGAGCAGGAGGCUCUGUGUCGAGGACUGGAAGAGAGCUUCUUGGAAGGACAAGAUCUCGGCAGCACCGACGCGGUUGCCAGUGAACGAGAAGUUGCCGAUUUUGUGAGAAGACUUCGAGAAGGUAGAAAAAUCGCAUAUCUACGAGCUGAGCGCAAGGAGAGAUGGGAUGAGGGAAGAGUCGGGGGUUGGCGAUGA